AGCGUAUAACUACCACUCUGACACAGUUCCGAGGAGACUCCACGUGCUUCACUGCCGCACGUUACAAUAUAAAAAAAAACACAAUGAAAGUUCUGGUAGCAUUAUCCGCAGUGCUGGCGCUUACGACGGCUCUCCCUCAAAGGAGAGCGCCGGAGCAGCCGAGCGACCAAGCGACAGCGGAGCAGAACUACAACUACCAGCCCGACUACAGACAGUCUAAGCCCAUCGAAGACUUCAGACCCAAAGUUCAGUUGGAACUCACCACUGUCAUUCCCAUCAUCCGUUUCGACAAAGAACAAGGCACCGACGGAAGCUACAAGACCUCAUACGAGACCGGCAACAACAUCCAGGCUGAAGAACAAGGCUACCUUAAGACGGUCGGCGAGAACCAAGACCAAGCUCUAGUGCAACAGGGCUCGUACUCGUACACCGCUCCCAAUGGAGAGGUCAUCACGGUCGAGUACACCGCUGACGAAUUCGGAUUCAGAGUCAAGGGCGACCACAUCCCAACUCCCCCACCAGUUUCCCCUGAAAUCCAAAAGGGACUUGACCUCAUCUACGCCGGAAUUAAGGCCAAUGCGGAACGUGCCGCCAUAGAAGCCAAGAACAACCCAGAAGCUGCCAGACAACAAGAAGAGAUAGCCGCUCUUGACUACAAGGGUUUCUACCACCAGUAAACAAAUAGUGCGAAAUUAAAAAUCUCUGUUUAAAGACUUCAAAUGUUCUUAAACCGUUAUAGUCACCAGUGUUUAAAAUCGUACCUAAAUUAUGUAGUUACAAGAUGCCAUCUUCAAUAUCCCAAUUUCAUGGACGUAGUUUAUUCCUCAUAUUAAACAAUAGUUAUUACAGAUGAGUUAUCAUGUGAUAACGCCUAUGCUUUAA